GCAGAGGAUACGGUGUAAGCCUGUCUCAGCUGCUGUCUGUAUCUCAUGUUUCAGGCUGAAUCAGAGCUGCAUUCCCCUGCACUCCAUGCCCUCUCCCUCACUGCUGCAAUGUGAACAGGCUCUGGGAGAAUGGGGCAGGUCGCUUGGAAAGGCAUGUUCCUGUCACUUUUUGACUAUAAGACUGAGAAAUAUGUAAUUGCCAAGAACAAAAAGGUGGGGGUUUUAUUCCGUAUUGUCCAGCUGUCCAUUCUGGCAUACCUAGUGGGAUGGGUAUUUGUGGUAAAGAAAGGUUACCAGGACACGGAUACAUCCAUCCAAAGUUCCGUCAUUACCAAACUGAAGGGAGUGGCAUACACCAAUACCACUGAACUUGGCGAGAAACUGUGGGAUGUGGUGGAUUAUGUCAUACCGCCUCAGGGAGAAAAUGUAUUUUUUGUAGUAACAAACUUGAUUGUGACACCUAAUCAGAGGCAGGGAACAUGCUCCGAGAGUUAUGGGAUCCCAGAUGCCGUGUGUUCCAAAAACACAGACUGCACAGAAGGUGAACCAGUUAUAGCUGGCAAUGGGGUUAAGACAGGUCGUUGCUUGAAAUCCGGACCGGUGAACACCACUGGAAUCUGUGAAAUAUUUGCCUGGUGUCCCGUAGAGAAGAAGAAAAGGCCAAAGAUUCCACUAUUAGGAAAAGCAGAGAACUUCACGGUCUACAUUAAAAACUCUAUACGCUUCCCAAAGUUUAAUUUUUCAAAGACAAAUAUAUUAGACACAGACAACGACUCAUUUCUGAAAAACUGCCGAUUCAGUGAAGAGAACCAUUACUGCCCCAUAUUUCACCUGGGGAAGAUUGUAUCCUGGGCUGGGAGCAACUUUCAAGACAUGGCAGUUGAGGGUGGGGUCAUUGGAAUUCGAAUUGAAUGGGACUGUGACCUUGACAAAGAUGCAUCGGAAUGCCAUCCGCACUAUUCCUUCACUCGUCUAGAUAAUAAAUUUACAGAGAAAUCGGUGUCUUCUGGGUACAAUUUCAGAUUUGCAAAAUAUUACAGAGAUGCAAGUGGAACAGAUUAUAGGACGAUGAUUAAAGCUUACGGCAUUCGCUUCGACAUCCUAGUGAAUGGCAAGGCAGGAAAAUUUAACAUUAUUCCAACAAUUAUCAACAUUGGAUCUGGGCUGGCACUAAUGGGAGCGGGGGCGUUCUUCUGUGACCUUGUGCUGUUAUAUUUGAUCAAAAAGAGUAAUUUUUACAGGGACAAGAAAUUCGAAGAAGCAAGGUCUUCUACUAAAAAACCUAUACAAGUCAAAGUCAAUGGACAGAAGAAAUCGAGUAGCCUUGAUACACUGGACCAUUUAAAGCAACUACAAUCAGUGGAGACCUAAUGACUGCUUUUACAGGAGCAUAGAAUAAGGAUACAGAGAAGAAAGCAGUGGCUGAUUUGAAGGAAAGGGAACACAAUCCAGUCCAAGCAGCUGACAUGUUAUACAAAUUCUACGUUCCACCAGCUACAUAUCUCCACGCUGCUGUGUUGCUGUCAUUCACUGGACAGGAGCUUAGUAUAACAAAUAACAUCAAUGUCACCUUUACAUUGCACCUGCUACAUUACUAGCUAGGUAAUGCAGCACUCACACAAUUAUAGUAUUAUAUAUUGAUCUUGGAAGCAAAAGGGAAAGGUGUCCUCUAACAUAGUGUGAAUGACAGGCUGGAGUGCUAGAGUUUGCCUGUCCCUAGGCUUGUCUUACACUUAUUAAUAUGUACUGUACCCAACUCUAUGGGAUGGCAUGAUAGAGUCCAUUUUUAAUGGACGUUUUUCUUGUGCUAGACAACAGCCUCCUCUAAAAAUAGUUAAAGAGACAGUCUGAGCACAUAAGUUGGUUAUUUUUAAUUUGUGGACUUGCUGAUGAAAAAAAAGUGUCAUUUCUGGGAAAUGGCACUGCCUGUAUUUUGCAAAUCCCUCACCUCUAGUGGCUGUCAUUUAGACAGUGUUUAGGAGCAUCCACUAAAAUGAAAUCUAUUAUGUCCGGUGUCAGCAUGUUGAUAUUGGAUGCGCUUCCAAUGCUUCUCAUUGAAUUGAAAAUCGAGAAGAAAUAGAAUGUUUUUCUAAAAAAGAAGAACCCAACAAUCUAAUCUAGUAAAGGAACACAUCUAACUUGUUU